GGGUGGACCUAAAUGCAAAUAGGCGGAAGUACCGACAAAAGAAAAGAAGAAUCAGAAAGUGAAGAAAGAGAGCGAUGAUGAACAGUAUCUUCUCCAUUGACGAUUUCUCCGAUCCUUUCUGGGAAUCACCUCCGAUUCCUCUUAAUCCCGACUCUUCCAAGUCCGUUACGGCGGCGGAGGACCAAUCGGAAUGGACUUUCGAGAUGUUUCUCGAAGAGUUUUCUUCUUCGGCGGUUAGCUCUGAGCCACUUGGUAACGACGCGAUCGUCGGUGUUUCUUCGGCUCAGUCUCUUCCUUCUGUUUCUGGACAGAACGAUUUCGAGGAGGACGAUAGUCGAUUUCGCGAUCGCGAUUCUUCGGGGAAUCGGGAUUGUGCUGCUGCUGCUGCAGCGACGGUGGUUGAUGAUUACCAUCGUGUUCUCAAGAACAAGCUUGAGUCUGAGUGCGCUACCGUUGUUGCUCUUAGGGCUGGGUUCGUGAAGCCUGAAGAUUCGACUAGCUCUCCAGAAACUCAAUUUCAACCAGUUCAAUCCAGUCCUCUUACUCAAGGUUCUUUGGUGUCCCCAGGAGGAGAAGUUGGUGUUAUUACUUCUUCCUUACCAGCUGAGCUGAAAAAAACUGGUGUACCAAUGAAGCAGGUUACUAGUGGAUCGUCGAGAGAAUAUUCUGAUGACGAUGACCUUGAUGAAGAGAAUGAAACCACUGGUUCCUUGAAUCCAGAGGAUGUAAAGAAAUCUAGAAGGAUGCUGUCAAAUCGAGAGUCAGCUAGGCGAUCUAGAAGGAGGAAGCAGGAGCAAACAAGUGAUCUCGAAACACAGGUUAAUGAGCUAAAGGGUGAACAUUCAUCACUUCUUAAGCAACUGAGCAACAUGAAUCACAAGUAUGAUGAUGCUGCUGUUGGAAAUAGAAUACUAAAAGCUGACAUUGAGACAUUAAGAGCUAAAGUGAAAAUGGCAGAAGAAACCGUAAAGAGAGUAACAGGAAUGAAUCCGAUGCUUCUCGGGAGAUCUAAUGGACAUAACAACAACAACAGAAUGCCAUUAACUGGUAACCACAGGAUGGAUUCUUCUAGCAAUAUUCCAGCUUUUCAACCACACUCAAACCUAAAUCAUAUGUCAAAUCCAAACAUCGGCAUUCCAACCACUCUACCUCCAAGACUCGGAAACAAUUUCGUUCCUCCUCCAUAUUUGAACUCCCAAACCAACUCCCAGAUGCCGAGAAUAAGAAAUGGGCAAAAUCACCAUGUUGCUCCAAACGCCAACCCUUACGGCUGGACUACUGAACCUCAGAACGAUUCAGCAUGAUCAGAUUCCUGUUUCCCCCAUUUUUUGGCUCAUUUUACAGGCCGAAAAAAUGCGUGGACUGAUGAAACAAGAAGCUGGGUUCGCACUAUAUUAAUGCAUCUGCAUUUGUAAUUUGUAAGUGUUAUAAGUAAGCUAUGAUCCAUGAGAAAACAUUUUGUGAAAAUACAGUCUCAUGGCUUUUAUAUACAACAGUCCUUGUCUUAUAUAAACAUUACAAGAUUCUUAAUAAGAAAGAAUCGUGUUUCUAUUUAUAGCUUAA